CAAGCGUUAGGAACGCAGAACCACUCAAGUGCUAUUUCUUUAUUACCAAAACCUAAUCUGUCAGCUUCUUGGGAGUCACACAGCAUAAGAGAACGGCAGAAGACAUCACGUCCCCAUGAAAUCGUUCAAUCUGAUAUCAUCCAUAGUCAGUAGACAAUGGCCUGCCUCAAGAGAUUUCUGGGAGGCAUGGGGCAUCCAAUUGCUGCUCACGAUGAGCCUUACUUGCCAGAUCACCCUCGUCAUCCUCGGCAGCCGCCGGAGGUACAUGACAUCGAACAUCACCAGAUACGUCAUCCAAACCGCCUACUUGCUCUCUUCUUACCUUGCGACUAUCGCCCUUGGCAAGCUCACCUUUGUCCAGAUUGACAAUCCUGAUCGACCUGACUACAUUACCGAGCUCAAGGGGUCGCUGGCACCGUUGCUCUUGAUGCAGCUUGGGAACCCCGACUCCAUAACUGCAUACUCGGUCGAGGACAACCGGCUCAGUGGUCGGCAGAUGCUGAGUCUGUCUGUCAAGGUCAUUUUCGUUAUCUGGAUCCUGAUUCGUUGCUGGGACAGCUCGCCCCCUGUCCCAUUAAUGUACAUCUUCUUGUCUGUUGCCGGGAUUAUUCGAUCAGCAGAGACAGUUUGGGCCCUCGCGUUGGUGUACUGGAAGAGAUCGGGCGCAUCAGCCAAGGAUAUCUUCGAUGAGGAAACUGUUGGCAAGUUCUUUGACAAGCAGGCCCCAUGGCCGAUGGACCAAGAGAUCAUCUUGAAGGCAUACUAUCGGUACGAUUGCUUGAAGCCCCACAUUGUAAACUGGCUCUACCGUCCGAAAUCGCUAAAGGAAUCUCAGUUAACUGUAGGGCGUGAUGUAGCCUUCAUCACAACUGAGGUCGAACUUGGAUUCAUGUAUGACGUACUUUACACCAAGCAACCGAUUCUCUAUAAACGGCUCGGUCUCAUCCGCCGCUUCACGAGCUUUUCCUGUCUAGUCUCAGCCUUGUGUGGAUUUGCCAUUAACUUCAAGAGCGCCUUCAUGAUAGACAUGUACAUCACCUACACUUACGCUUUGUUGAUUGGAGUCACCACUCUAGAAGGUUACCAACUUGUUCAACAACCUUUUUCGGCAUGGGCCAUUGUGGAAAUGAGCCGUCACCAAAGAAACUGGCCCAGGUUGACAAGGCCGUUGAACUUCUUAGUUGAAAAGUAUAUGAAGCGGAAAAGGUGGUCGAACUCAAUUGGGCAACUCGACUUAUUGGAUCAUCGCCUGAACGAUGAGUGGCCCUGGUCCAUCGGAAGAAUCCUCAAACACUUGGGCAAAAAAGAGGUGACCUUGAGAAGACACGAAAAGCCCUUCACCAAACGCGGCGAGUGGACGCUUGAAGCUCACAAACUCAGCGGCGAUGUGGAGGGGACGCAAGAGCUUGAAGUGUUGGAAAAGAACAUCUCGACAACAUUUGACAGAAGCAUCACCAUUUGGCACAUGGCAACUAACAUCUGCCUCCUUUCAGAGCGCGCUGAUUCUCCGUAUUGUAAAGGAAGCAAACUGCUAUCCAAUUACAUGAUAUACCUUCUGGCAUUGCGACCCUACACGUUGUCCCUAACGACUACUGACAUCACAUUGGAACAUGCUUGCGCCAUGUUGAAGCUAUUUCUCAGGUACAGAGACCGCAAUGUGGCCUUGGGGACAUUGUCGUCAGAAGAGAAGGUGCUCGAACCCUCCCUGGAUGACAUCGUGAAGGAGUGGCACGUGCUACGGGAUGCGCAGGAAUUGGCUGCGAUGCUGAAGGACAAGAACUACAAGUGGCAGAUCAUAAGCAGCAUUUGGGUGGAGAUGUUGUGCCACGCUGCAUAUAGAUGUCAAGUUUACCAUCACGAGAACCUGUUGCGGCAAGGCGGAGAGCUUAUAACUCAUGUAUGGCUGCUCUUGAUGCACCAUACUGAUAAGUAUAAACCCCUUUCCAAGACCAAGCCGACCAAAGAAACCGAAGGAAAGUCGCAAGAUGAGUUGUGA